GGCGAGAAGAACGAAACAAUUCGCUUCCCAGGCCUCUUGGCGAGCCGAACGAGGACCUGCUAACCGAACGAGUCCGUCUGUCCAUCGCUGCAGCCGCUUCCCGUGUGCAACUGACCCAUCGGCGGCUAUCCAACGUGUCGAGUGUUCACGGCCCUGCUGCUCAACAGAUAAUCGCGCCACGUAGCGGCUUCUCGUCCAACGGUGAGUGAAUAUGCGGCGAUUGGAUCACUCAAGCACACCGAUGAGCUCUUUGCUGUCUGUGUGUCUUGAUGGUCUUCAGGUCUGCCUUGUCGACGGGCGGACUGGUUGGUUAUUUUUGAACGGCCUUGAGUGUGCUGCUGGCCGUCGACUCAGACUUUUGAUAGGCAAGCACUGAUGCACACAACACACACACCAGGUGCCUGCAGGCCCAUCUCUGUGUGUGUGGUCUAUGGUGCAGCUGUUGGUCUGUGUGUUUGAGUGGGUGAGAGCGAUGUCAUCGGAGCGUCCCGACACCGACAUGGCCCCUGCUGGCCCGGCGGACGGUGGCGAUGGCGAUGAAGGUACGCUCAGCUCACACAAAUGCACCACAUUUAACGCUCAGCACCAUCGCCGAGCAUCGUGUGUGUGUGUGUCUGUGCGUUCCUCUGCAGAGCAACAUGGCGGUGGUGACGUGCGGCGGCCAAUGGAUGUGGAGGAGCGCCAGGACGGCCGUGCGGGCGGUGGUUCCGUGAGCAAUGUCGUCAUGAGGCAGACGAACAACGCCUCAACGACAGAGCCCUCUCACAUGCCAUCGCCGGUACGCCAACGAACAAGAGCACCGCGAUUGACAGACACCUUCACCCACUCUCCCCUACGUGUGUGUGUCAUUCAGCUCACGGCCACGGUGGCGGGUGGGCCACAAGCAGCAGCAGCAGCAGCAGCAGGUAGUCAACAAAGGCACAGCAGCCAGCCUGACGCAGCACAUCAUCAUGGUCUGGGUCGUGCGUUGGUGUGUAUGUGUGUAUGUGUGUGUGAAGGUGAAGGCGUUGUGAAGCGUGCCGGCUCUCCUCUGGACCGUGAGGAGCCUAAGAGGGCCAAGAGAGACGGCCAGACGCACCAAUCUGCCGCCAACCUGGACGCUGCCAAGGAGGCGCCAGACAGCAGCAGCACUCAAACAGACAAGCCGUGGCGGAUCAACGUGGGCGGCUUCACCAUGGAGUUCCCUCGUGAAGUGCUGCUGCGAGAUGGCCUCAAGGACACACGCCUGGCAAUGUUGUUUCACCGCUUCGCUGAGUCGCUGCUCAAGGACACCGACGGCAUCCCCUUCAUCGACGCAAACCCGCACUACUUCAUCUGGCAGGGCGGGAAGCAAACCCCAUGUUGUUUGAUUGACAUUCAUCCGCUGGCCGCGUGUUUGACUCUCUCCAUCUGUGUGUGUCAGGUUGGAUGUCAAGUUGGGUUUUCUCAAGGCGGGCUGGAUCGACGACAUCACGCUCUCCGACGACUGCCCCGCCAAGGCCUUCUACCACGACCUGUGCUUCGCCAAGACGACACUCAGCAUGACGCCACAGGACGACCAGGGCAGUGAGGCCUUCCAGAACUUCAUGGCGGUGAUGGGCCGCUUCAUCAAGUCAUCGGCGGCCAGAGGGACGGGCGGCUAUGAGGUGCUGAGUGCCGUUGUGCAUGGCACGACUGUUUCCACGACGGACGCCACCCUGGACGACCACAGCACAUUCGGCAGACGAUUCACGAAGUCAGUUGGGGCAAAUGAGGAGGAGGGGAACGGCGCAGUAUGGACUUGUGGGUGUGUGUGUGUGUGUGCCUGUAGGUUUGCGGCACCCGUCACCGAUGAGAGUGUGCCGACGACCACCUUCGAGAAGUAAGGCGACACAUCACAGGCGGACAGAGGGCAUCUGUGGGUGGCCUGGCCUGGUUUGGUUCUCACAGGGUCGUGGAUUUCGUCCGCCGCCGUCGCCUGGCCCCCGACGCCGUCUUGGCCCUCCCCAUCGCCGACGACUGGCCGCAGCUGCUGAGUGCCUUUGAGAUGUACGACCUGAUGGAGUGUGUGUACCUGACCAUGAUCGGCAAACCGCACAGCACCAUACGCAGCCUCUUCAGGUGUGCAAUCACAGCAGAGAGGCACACAACGGCCAACAUCCCUUCCGUGUGCGUCUCUGUGUGUGUGCCAGGGAUUCUGUGCACGGCGAAUCGCACGAGCCUCUGCUCGACCGAGUGGCGGGCGGAGAAGGCGGCCGGCUGUUCGUCAUCGAGCCCGAGUGCAAAGAGGGCCACCGCCACAUCUUCGCGUGCCUCAUCGACGGCCCCCUCAUCGCGCCGUCCGACCCCACAGCAGAGGUGCUCACCAGGCGGCUCACCACCUUCUACUCCAUCAGUGGGGCGUUCAAGGACCAAGAGGGCAUCGUCAGCAUCACGGUGCCGCACAACCAGCAGCGUGUGGACGUCGCUGGCACACAGGGGGUGGUCAAGGCCACCAACGGUGUUGGUGGCAGUGUGUGCAUCGGUAGCAGCCGCCUGUGGCUGGGGAGUGGCGGCAAUGUGGCCAUCGGUCACGGCCGCCUGUGGCUGGGGCAUGGAGGGAAGGAGGAUGGUCGUCCGGCCGGCGACCUGCGUCGCUGCUGCCAGUGGGUGGAGAGGGACGACCUGCCCGCCGGCAAGACAUACCGAGGCAGCUACACCAACGGACGGGCCACUCUGGCGGGCAGCCAUUCCUUCACUGCCCAGCGGCUGGAGGUGUAUGAGGUCAGUCAGACGUCAACGAAGGGGGGCUGAGUUGAUGUGUCUAUGAUGGACCGUUGAUGUCUGUCUGUCUGUGUGCAGGUGUUGACGACUCGUCCGGCCGAGCCCGUCCUGUCUGCUGCUCAGCUGCAGGAGCUCAUCAACAUGACGGGCAAUGCCAAUGCGACGCCGAAGCUGCUCUACAAGUGUGUGACCAGCCCACAGACAGAAGCAGUGGUGAUGUCACUGAUUCGCUCGCUCUCUCUCUCUCUGUGUGUGUGUGUGGCUGUGUGUCAGGGGUGCGUGCGACGGCUGGAUGUACCCCGCCAUGCUGGCCAAGGUGGGCACCGCCACCAAUCUGCUGCUGGUCCUCAAGGACACCGGCGACCACGUCAUCGCCUCCCACAUCAACGGACAGCUCAAGCAGCCCGCCGACCCCACUCGUGUGCAGAAGACCAAGUGGCCCGUGGCCCUCUACUCGGUGUGUGGCGCAUUCAGCGAGGCCGACGGCAUCACACGCAUCGCAGUGCCGGACGACGAGCAGUAUGUGAAUGUCGCCGGCCCACAGGGGGCGGUCAAGGGCGAUGGCGCCAAUGUGUCCGACGCCAAUGUGUCCAUCGGUGGCGGCCGCCUGUGGCUGGGGUGGGGGUGGCCGGAUUGUCGUCCGGCCGGCGAUCUGCGUCGCUGCUACCAGUGGUUGAAGAGGGACGAGCUGCCCGCCGGCGCGACAUACAGAGGCAGCUACGACACCAUCGACGGAUGGGCCACCUUGGCUGCUGCUCCGACCUUCACGUGUGUGGACAUGGAGGUCUACACACUGCAGCAGGUCAGACAGACAGACAGACAGAGAGAAGUUGGGUUCACGUAGACGAUAUUGUGAUUUCCUGUGGUACUCCUGGUUGGCUGUCAGGCGUCGGCCGACAGUGGCUGAGUGAGUGAUGCGAGAUGAGCACUGCGGUGCGGUCAGUGGUGGACGUGCGGCGGUGUGUGUCAUGGGCGGUGGAGGGAAAGGCAGCGGAGGGGAGGGGAGGACAGAUCAGCCAGUUGUGUGUCUGUGUGUGGGUGUGAGGGCGACACAGUCCCUCUGCUAUGGCCGAUCCGCUCCUUUUUCCAUCCUUCCUUGGUGUGUGUAUAUGUACACUCUGUCUUUAUGUGUAUCUGUUGCGUGACCGCAUGUGAUCGCAUCCGAUAAUGACCGAUUCCUUCCCGGCCACGUGUGUGUAUACAUGCUCUUUUUCAUCGCCCUGUUGCAUGUGCUCGGCUGUGGACUUACACGAUUCGCUAUCGUUCUGAGAAUGGUCUCUGUUU